AACGAAGCCCGAAUGACAGCAGCUCUCACAGCUCAGCUCGGUCUACGUCGCUUGCUACUGCGAUCCGGAUACACACAGAAGAACGCCCUUCCCGGGAUUACUGUUCGCCUUCUGUAAAAUUCAAGUGGCGAUGAAGAGCCCCUGCCCGGCACAUCUCGUCGCCGAGUCUUGAAGAGCCGAGAUGAGGUGGACAGCCGGCAGGAGAGGCGUCGUGCUGCCCGUAGCUCUUCUGGGAGCCCUACUGGUCACGGCGGGAGCGAGUCUGCCAGUGGACAGCUGCCCUCGUCACUUGGAUUGCACUUUGCAGAGACGGCAAUCCUGCAAGCCUGGGAGUACACAGUGCGGACCCUGCAUCGAACCACUGAUUGAAAAUGAGUAUGGGAACUGUGUGCAAAAACAGCAGCAGCACACCACUGGGGGGAACCUUGCCAACGUGGAUGAGGAAAUUGAUUAUUUGGCCUCAGUUGUCACCAAGCAAGGACUCCAGAAACAGCACCUCUCUCAGGAAGCUUUACAGCCCCCUCUGACAGAGGACAAGCCUAAUGCCCUUGACAGUAAUGAGGUCCAAAAUCGGUUGGCUGCCCAAAUUCAGCUUGAGCAAUCCAAUGCCAGCCUCACAACGGUUGCAGGAACUACAGUUAAGAAGGUGACAGAGAAAAGUGGACCGGUGGCAUCACACUAUCCAGCUACGGAUGCCAUCAUUUUUGCAAUGAUCAUUGUCUGCACAGUCGUUGGCUCAACUGCGCUGAUUGUAGCAGCUGUAUGUUGGUUGAGGCUACAAAAAGAAGUGCGUCUGGCACAAAAAGUUGAUUACCCAGCCUUUGGUGUGAUGGGCCCUGGGCCCUUGGACAGCACUUCGCCUGGAGACAAGAAGCUAGCACAGAGUGCACAGAUGUAUCACUACCAGCACCAGAAGCAGCAGAUGCUGUCAAUGGAGAAACACAAAGAUGAUUCAAAGGUUCCUGAAUCUGGUACCACAUCUGAUGAGGAGAAUGAAGAUGGGGACUUCACAGUGUACGAAUGCCCAGGCCUUGCACCGACAGGGGAAAUGGAAGUGAAGAACCCUCUAUUUGAUGACUCUUCACUACACCCUCAGAAGAACCAUAAGUAGCCCCUUUACCCUGACCCUCUCCCCCUUGCCCAAAAUACACACACAUACUUUGGACAAAAAUCAGAGGACUGUGAGAGAUCUCUUACCCUGACAAACUAGGUCCUGGUUUGGAAGCCCAGGUCCAGGAGAAAAGUUGAGAAGAAUUAACCCCCUUGGUGAAACUACAGCACCCCCUUUGGAUCACCCAUAGGGACUGCCAGAGUUGACCACUGUUUUUAGAGUCCGCUUAUUCCACUGCUUUAGGAAACCACUGAAUUGUUGGCCACUACCUGAGAAUCACGUGGAAAACCGAGGCCUAAGCUCUUUUGCCUUUUCAGAAUUUUGUAUCAUUUUCAUUUAACCUGGAUACUCACUGUGGACAUACUACCACAUUUUGGUGGAAUAUUAAUGCUGUAUGGGCUACUAAUUCUUAAAAUGAAUAGAAAAACAUCCCCUUAUUAAUUAAAAUCUUCUGCACUCUUGUCAUAUGCCUAUGAACUGUUUCCAGUUUUCUGAAGGAUGAGAGAAGAAUAUGACAGCUAAGGAAUGAUAGUUGCACACUAGGGAGGGAACCCCACUGUUUUAAAUCAGUCAAGAUACAUCACGAUGAAUCAGCUUUUUUCACUCAAACUCCCACCCACUCAAUCUUCCUUAAAGUAAAUCUAUGGGAUGAUUUGGCUUGCCACACAGCAAGCUUUCCUAAAAUAAAUUCAGCCGAUAUAUAUAGCUGGACUCCCUAGCUGGAUUUCCUACCUUGGCCUGCAGUAGAAUCCAAUAUGACCUUGUGGUCUCCAGCAGCCUAUGUGAAAGUAAAUCAACCAUAACAUGUAGCCAGUUUGAAAAUAUUGUUACUCAGAAGUCUGGCACUUUCUUAGAUUCUCUCCGAGUAGUUCACUUUUUAUGGAUUGAACUUAUACUGCUGUUAGAUCUCACAGAACAGGGUUGGUUAAAUAAAGAUGCAUGUCCUUGUGUCUUCAGAGAGCUCCUAGGAGCAUCAGGCACUCAGGUACCUGCAGUGCUAGAGAGUCUGCAGAAACCUGACUAUCAUCACUUGCCUGUUUAUCACUGACCAUCCAGACUUUGUGCAAGCCAGUCACAGUGAAAGCACUCAACAGUGUAGACAGGCAUCUCUGCAAACCUCAUCUGCAGUAUUAGGAGACUCUGCCCCUUUAGACGUUUGGCUGUCAUAUUCCUUCUGCUGUAUUACACUGACCCGGGCGCAAACUCCCAUCCCAGCUCCCAGCACACUUUUGUUUUUUGUUUUUUUCUUCUUCCUUUUUUAAAUAAGGGUCACUGGGGUGGUUGGAGAGCAUUAGCUAAUUUAACCUAGCCCCUCUCAUUGCUGUAAGGCUUGCUGAGUUCAGUUCAUUCAGUCCAAUUUCGUCCUGAUUUUAAUGUCAUCUUGAUCAUUUUGUCUGUCUCCUGUGUGUUUGGCGCUUCAUAGUUAAGUAGAAAGGCAACUGAAGAAGGUGGCAAAAUGGCAUGUAGCUGCAACUUUUUUUUUUAACCAGGCUUUCUUCAGAUGGAAUGUAUUUGGAGGAAUUUCCUUAAAGGAAUAGAUGUAAUGCAUGGAUACCAAGAAAGCUGACGUUGCAGAAUGUAAAGGGCUUUAAAGAUUGUCAUUGGUCUAUUGAUUCCAUUAUAAAACCCUGUUUGACUGAGCAUAGUGGUGGGGUGGAGGGAAGGGAGGUGUUGGCAGUAAAAUAUGUAUUAAUAUCACUAACUCCCUCCACCCAGCUACCCUAGACUGCUCUCUCUGACUCUGCAAAUCUUUUCUUCUGAACAACCGUCUGAACUCUUCUUUCACCUAAACUUGAGGCCUUUACGGAGAUGGCACCCUCAAGAGUGAUCACUGUGUAGUCUUACUCUCCUUAUCCCUCUCCCCCAUCUUUGGUGGCAGGUGGGCACCAGUCUGGCAUUAUGGGUUCACAGGGUGAUUUGAGCUUGGUGUGACUGAAUGCUGCUUUUAUAUCUCUGCCAGAACCUUUGUGUAAAGCAUCCUGUAACCGUUCUGGACUCGGCUGGGGCUGUCUGGCCUGCAUGUAGGAAUGUAAGCAAAUUAUUUAUAUUAUAUUGAUAUACAACUUCA